GCGGCAGUUGAAACGCCUUUGCUGCAGACGCAGAAACUUUUGUAAAUAGAGCUGUAUUGAUGAGAGAUCAUGGUACGGAAUAACACGUCGAUCACCCUGAUAUGUAAUUCUUGAUUGACAUUUCAUUUUGGAAGGAAGGAGAGCAUACAUAUGAACUGAAUAUGGUGAUUGUUUUCAACCAUGUCCUCGUUUCAAGUUUCCUGUUCUAUCGGAACCCGCACCGAUUUUUGGUAGACGCGGGUUGCAAAACCAACGGUGAUGCUGGAAGCGGCAAAUCUAAACAGUCGGAAAAGGAUGGUGAAACCAAACUGUGGGAGAAGUCUGACUUUAGAUCUUUACAUGAACAAGUGAAGGAGGCCAUCAACUACAUUGCUUCAAAAUCGGUGACAUCGUUGGUGUAUUUGCUAGACAAGGACUCAGGUGAAUUGUAUGCGGACAAAGAAAACACAAAGAAAUUGCCGAAGAAUGGAAUUUGUUGGGAGGCAUGGUCGAUGCGGAAGGCGAGGGCAUGUCAUAACCUUGACCCUGGUGACCCCUUGGUCUCUGAACUCUCAGCUCAACAAGACAACACAGGAUGGAAACCUAAAAGUGUAUUGUGCUAUCCAAUAGAUGACAGCCAGUCAGGGAGAUGCAUCGCUCUCAUUGUGGUUGGCAGUAAUUUUGGUGAGGAGAUUGACGCACACAGUCUCAUGCCACUGGCUGAACAGAUUGUAGCCUGCUACAGGAACAUGUGCAAGUGUGAUGGGUCAACAGGGGACCAGUAUCGUGAGACCUCCCCUCCGACAUCCUCCACAACGACAUCCGACAAGGAGGCCAUCGUCAAACUAUGCGGAGAGUUGUAUGAUCAGAAUACCGCUGACCUACAGCGCAAGAUUGUCAGAUAUUUAGAAGAACACACCAAUGCAGAGUUUGGUUUUAUGUUGUUAGUAGUUCCAGAAACACAAGAACUAUACUGUCAGGUGAUAGGGGACAAGGUUUUGGAUCAAGAAAUUCGGUUUCCUUUACUAUUUUCUGACAAAGUGGGUGAAACUAGUCCAUUCUCUGCUGUUCUGGAAAGUAAGGAUCCUUUGCGACUAGAGAACAUAACUGAGGACAAGAAGAAGGAGAUGGAAGUCCUGCUAGGGAGGAGUCUUCAGUCCUUGAUGUGUGUCCCUGUCACCAGUCGCAACUACGAUGGACUUGUCGCAAUUGCAUGUGUUGCCAACAAGUUUGGCACAGACAGUUUUACCAGUGAAGACCUUCAGACGAUACAGACCUGUUUUAAAUACACUGCCGCCAUCUUAACUAAUACUUUAGCAUUCCAAAAUGAACGAAAACUAAAAAAACAAACACAGGCCAUGUUGGAGGUAGCAAAGAACCUAUUUACCCACCUAGGUGAGUUAUCCUCAAUCCACUGCAGGGGUCUGGACGACUUUCCUGUCCUACCUAGUAAUGGGGUUGGGGUCAAUGUCAGGGGGUACUCGUACGCCGACUAUUUGAAACAAGAACAGGAUUACCUUGCCACCAGGUGUUGCCCUCAAGGGGGAGCAACUUCACUCCAACACAACAACUCAGCCAGAAUAUCAGCUAGAAAUAUCAACAAAGAGAUUCAACAACGUGGAAUAUUGGCUGAAAAAUUGACUGGGUGUUUUGAUUUUGAUUACAUAGGUCAUAUGUCUCACGAAAAGGUUAAAGGUUACCAAGUUCACCCAAAAAUUAAAUCCCCAGAACAUAAACAGGUGAGGAAGGCCAAUGACAAAGUCAGUCCUCAGAAGGAGAGUGUGUCGCCCUACAAACUACCUGAGGGAAGACGACAAGACAUGACUAAUCUAGAAGAUGCUGUUGAUGAUGAGUUACUGUUACCAGCCAUUGAUUCACUUGUUCCUUGUAGAAUGUCUGAUGUGUCUCCUUCAGAAUUUGUCCUGUUGAACGUUUCCAGAACGCGAUUCAGGGCUGGAGAAGAGAUCCCUGACCAGUAUCCCCCGUCUGACACUAGCCUUUGUAGCACUGACUUCCAAUAUUAUGUCCGGGAAUGCUGGACUAGUCAAGAUGGUGACAAUUGCAUUGAGAAUACUCAAUCUGCCACCCACCACUCUGCAGACCACCUUGGAACUGGACUUCUGUGCAGUGGGGCCAUUCCAGGUUCUGAAGUAGAUGAAGAGGACAUCAAAGACGGUGGUGCCUCAUCCAAUACUUCAAGUAUUUAUACUCUAGCUGAGUUGACUAGAGAUGUCACAGAGGAUAAAAAUUAUGAAAAUAUCUCCAAAGAUUCCCUCUUAAAAGAUGUAGCAAACACAGAAUGUAUCCAAGGGGGAUUACUUUACCAAACGGUGGUCGGGGCUUUCAGGGAUGCUGGUAAUGAUACAGCUGUUUUCCCCGAGUGUGUGGAUGUGACUGAUACAUCCCUCAAACAGCUAGAUAGUGCUUCUGCUGCUCUCGACACUACUCUAACUGUACAGACAGGGUAUAAACCUGAGCAGUGUUCAGAGUUUGAUUUCAGCAGUAACUCAGGUCCCAAGUCAGAUGCUCCAGUUCCUGCAAAUUCUGUUUCCACCUCUCCUGUUUCAAGCUCACCAGACUCAGCCUCUCCAGCCAGCCAGUAUGUCCCCAGUGAAAACUCCUCAGAGAUGUUUACCUGCGUUGAGUUUGAAGCCUCAGAUUUGAAUGGUGAUGUAAAUGAAUUUAGCUCAGGUUCUGACGUAGAAGACAUUGCCCUGGAUUGUCCUCAGCUGUCUUUCCAUGAUGCUUGGUCAGGUAGCAGUGAAAAGGUCAAGGUUUGCCGUUCCCUGCCUCUCAAUUCACAGAUGCAUGCUGUUGAGGGAUAUGAAACAGAUUUAAGCAAAAUUCUUGACGCACCAAUAUCUAAUCCCAGGUUCUCCACAAGUGACCCUGCCAUUCAUCGUUUUGUGCCAGAGAAUGAAUUCCUAGAAAGCAAGCCUAAUUUGAACUAUGCUUUUUGCCAAGGAAGUUCUACAGAUUCAGUAGUAUCAGCAGGCUCCAGGAAGAGACAGGUACUUACCUCCACCCUCGGUCUGGUCAGUAGUCUUGACCAAAUUGGAAUAAGUCCAUCACAGUCUGGCCUGUGUGACCAUACCAUUAUUGUAGAGGACACAGAAUCCAGAGUCAGCCAUACCUACAUCAUCCCCUCUGACUCUCUGACAUCCAACUCAUCUGAGGAUCUGCCCUUGGGGUCAGGUGACUCCACCCAAGGGCCCUCCUGCCCAUGUCUUGGCCCCUCCAGGACUGCUCAAAAUAACAAAAGUAUGAUUGAUAUGAUUAAAUUACAGCCCCCCAGCACCGAGGCUUUGCCCAUCACAAAAAAUGACUUAACAAAACUUCUACGGGAGAUUAUGCAAGAAGCUAGGAAUCUAACACAAGCCGAGAGGUGCUCUGUAUUCCUGAUAGAUGAGGAGACAGAAGAACUAGUUGCCAAAGUGUUUGAUGGAAUAACCACCAAUGACAAGGAGGUUCAGUCGGAGAUCCGAAUGCCAAUUAUUCAGGGAAUAGCAGGACAUGUAGCUACAACAGGAAAACUUCUAAAUAUCAAAGAUGCCUACUCACAUCCCAUGUUUUACAGAGGCAUUGAUGACUCAACAGGGUUUAGAACCAGAAACAUACUGUGCUUCCCCAUCAAGAACGAAGCAGGCAACGUGUUAGGAGUAGCCCAGCUAUGUAACAAGAAGACAGGGCCAUUCUUCACCGUUUUUGAUGAAGAUGUUGCAUCAGCAUUUGCUGUCUACUGCUGCAUCAGCAUCAGCCAUUCCCUCAUGUACCAGCGUGUGAUUGCGGCCCAGAUCCGUAACAGUCUCGCCAACGAAUUGAUGAUGUAUCAUAUGAAGGUGGCACAAGAAGAAGUUGACACACUGGCUCACAUGGAGAUAAAUUCGCCGUCUUUCUGGCAUGCAGACUUUGAUAAAUUCUCAUUCCCUCCCAGAAUGAUUCCAGAGGAUGAUACUGAAAUGGCAUGUUUAACUAUGUUUGAAGAUUUAGGAUUUAUAACAAAAUUCAGAAUCAGGAGAGACACUCUCGCCAGGUUUGUGCUGAUGGUGCGGCGAGGCUACAGAAAUCCACCCUACCACAACUGGAUGCAUGCGUUUGCUGUCACACACUUCUGUUAUGUUUGUAUGAAGAACUUGAAGCUUACACAAUAUUUAGAAGACAUAGAAAUGUUUUCGCUGUUUACAUCAUGCAUGUGCCAUGAUAUUGACCACAGAGGAACCAAUAAUUCAUAUCAGUCAGUAUCGAAAUCCGUUCUUGCUGCCUUGUACAGCUCGGAGGGCUCUGUCCUUGAGAGGCAUCACUUUGCUCAAUCCAUGUGUAUAGUCAAUACAGACGGAUGCAACCUCUUUGAGAACUUGUCUAGCAAGGAUUAUCAGCAAGCUUUAGAUUUGAUGAGGGACAUCAUAUUAGCCACUGACUUAGCGCAUCACUUACGAAUAUUGAAGAACAUCGAAACAAUGGCAAAAACUGGCUAUGACAAAGAGAACACCAAACACCACAAACUGCUGCUAUGUCUUCUGAUGACAGCCUCUGAUCUGUCUGACCAGACGAAACCAUGGGACUCCACCAAACAUAUAGCCGCGUUGAUCUACAAGGAGUUUUUCUCCCAGGGGGACAUGGAGAAGUCAAUGGGCCGAGAGCCUAUAGAGAUGAUGGAUAGGGAAAGAGCGCGUAUACCUGACUUACAAAUAGGCUUCCUAGACCAUAUUGCCCUACCAGUUUACAAGGUGCUUGCUGAACUCUUUCCUGCGGCAAACAGUGUUAAAGUAGCUGUGGAAGAUAACCGUCGGCACUGGGACAAAAUCUGUGCUCUCAUUAAAAUACGUCGCGGUGGCAGCUGUGAACAGAUGAGUUAUGAUCAGAUAUUGGCGUUGGAGGCUGAGGACCACUUGCCGCAGACCAACCAGUCUAACCACAUCCAGUAGGCUCAAUGGUCCAACCACAUCCAGUAGGCUCAACGGUCCGACCACAUCCAGUAGGCUUAACGGUCCAACCACAUCCAGUAGGCUUAACGGUCCAACCACAUCCAGUAGGCUCAACGGUCCAACCACAUCCAGUAGGCUCAACGGUCCAACAACAUCCAGUAGGCUCAAUGGUCCAACCACAUCCAGUAGGCUCAACUGUACAACAACACAUUAAAUAAACAGUCCAACCACAUCCAGUAGGCUCAACUGUUCAACAACACAUUUAACUCAACAGUCCAACCACAUCCAGUAGGCUCAACUGUACAACAACACAUUAAACUAAACAGUCCAACCACAUCCAGUAGGCUCAACUGUACAACAACACAUUAACCAUCAAUCAAUAGUAGGUCUAGCUAUCUAAAGCAAGGAUAUUAAUGCAAAAAGGUCCAGUUAUGUUAUAAAAUGGAAAGUGCUAUGAGGCAGUUACAUGUAACUUUCUUGUGUUUCAUUUUUCCUCAAGACACAAGACUUAUUUUCUUAACAGGGCAAAAGUGUUUCUUUUUAAGACACAGGACUAACCUUCUAAAAAGGACAGAGGUUGUUUCUCCUUCAGACACAGGACUAACCUUCUAAAAAGGACAGAAGUUGUUUUCCCUUCAGACACAGGACUAACCUUGCAAAUAGGACAGAAGUCGUUUCUCCUUCAGACACAUGACUAACCUUCUAAAAAGGACAGAAGUCGUUUCUCCUUCAGACACAUGACUAACCUUCUAAAAAGGACAGAAGUCGUUUCUCCUUCAGACACAUGACUAACCUUCUAAAAAGGACAGAAGUCGUUUCUACUUCAGACA